AUGGUCGCAAAACACCGUGAUAUCCUCUUUGCAUGUGUGGGUGGCUUCGUCGCAUGGGGAGUCAUAACAAGCUGGUAUCCAUUGAUACGCUUUAUUGGAUACUCGUUCCUGUUAGGGGCAGCCGCUACUUUGACCUCUCUCGUUGUGAUUCUCAUCAUUAGUGUUAAGCGUCCUUGUUACGGCUCCGGCUCUUCGAGACUAUGUGGCCAACCCGUGGCCUUCCUAUCUCCCGAUAACUGGAAGCAAGAUUUGGAAGACUACAAAGACAACACCAGCUACCAACCUACGCCCCUUUAUCCGCAGUCGUUUAUCGUUUCCGCGGCGCUGGAUGAGUUGUUGAAUUUAAUCAGGAGGGAUUUCAUUGAGACGUGGUACCAGCACAUCAGCAGCAACCCCGGUUUUGCUGACGAGAUUGACUCUAUAGUGAGGGAAACAGUUGGGCGCAUAAGAGACUGGCUGUCGAAAGAGGAUUUCGUGGAAAUAUUUGUCGCGAGGAUCGUUCCUAUCUUCACCAGCCAUUUGAAAGACGUCGACCUCGCAGAACGAGCUGUGAGAGGCAGAAAUCUGAACCAUGGAGUGACGGAAUCUGAGGAGCUGGAGAUAGCAAUUGCUGCUAGAUAUCGAGAAGGGAAUCUUCAUCCGGCUGCUGCGAGAUCUUCGCCAGACGUGGCGCAUGUGCAACAGGAACACUUGCGAAAGAUCGUAGUGGCUCUUUUGCCCACGAUUCUACCUGAAAGCCAAGCAAACAGUAGGGCGGUAUUAGUUCUCAUCCGAGAAAUUAUAGCAUGCGGCAUUUUAUUUCCUUUAAUUGGCGUCCUUGCGGAUCCGGAUACAUGGAACCAGCUGAUGGAAGCCUAUGGCCGAACAGCCCUCCAGGACCGCAAAACCGUCAGGAGACUACGUGAAGCACUAGAUCAACAUGCCUUACCUCCAGCAAAGUCCAAACAAGGACACAUGUUCCCAAAACUAGGCCCAAAUGACUCCGAAAGGGAAUUUGAACGUUUCGUGAGGGGCAUCCGUCGCUGUAAUAACUUAUCUGACGCGAGGAGAUUUAGGAACAAUGUUGCCAGCCAACUCAAGCGUGAAACAAUGUUUGAUGGACACGAUCCAAUCUAUAUCCGGCGUCUAGAAACAGCAAAGAGGGCUUUGGACCAGAAAGUUGCAAAGCUAUCAACUCCAAAUGGUUCUGGAAAUGCCCAGCCAUCCAUGUCAGAUCAGGCAUACCAAAACGCUUCGAGGCCGCAGAACAUCUCCUUGGUCGAUGUUCUGCAUAAUGCGGCGGGCCUGUCGUAUUUCAUGGAAUAUAUGGACCGUCUGGGCCUCAUGUCCUUGGUUCAAUUUUGGCUAGUGGUAGAUGGAUUCAGAAACCCGUUAGAGAACGAUGUGGGAGACGAUUUGACUUCUGCACCUUCGUCUUGGACCACUGCAGACAGGAAUGACAUGAUUCUGAUAAGUGAGAACCACUUGUCAAAACCGGAGCUGAAAGUUGAUGAAGAAUCUCAGAAGAUUGUUAAAAGCUUCAUUUUAGCUGGUAAGCGGGCGACGCCAGAGCAAUACUGGAAGGCAAGGAAGGCGGUUCUAGCAGCUCAGUCUACAGUCCUUGAGAGUAUGAAGUCCAAGUAUUAUCCUGGGUUCAAGAAAUCAGACCUCUAUUACAAGUACCUGGCUUCAGAUGAGGCAGCUGCUACGACCAGUAUUGUAUCCCCUUAUAAACAACCAAAUAAGCCAGCCCUGGCCCGGUCUCACACCUCAGGGAAUUACCCGCCAUCCGGGGUAUCUUCACCCAUGCUUCGAACCGACUCUCAGUCUAGCACAAAACAAGAAUUGCGCCGGAAACAUUCACUAUUCAGCUCUGAGACACUUGAUACUGGGCGACCUGCAGACCCUGACCACUUACCACUUUUUGGUGACGAUGUUGAGCCAGAAAACCUAGAGUCAUCCACCUACAGCCUUGGUAAAGAUUCUCAAAGCGGAGAGGCAGAGGUGCAAGAAAAAAAGAUCCUGGAAAAUAUGGAGGCUGCUCUCAAUGAUAUCAUCUCGGACACCCCAAAUGACUUCAAAGCCGAUGGCCCAAGGAGUAGCUUACCAUCACCGUCGCCCAGAGCCUCGAUUGAUAUGGGCCGUAUGGACGGGCAGGCAGCCGAGAAGGGGAAACCCAGCAUAUCGUCGUUGGGCCUGGUUAAUACAUCUUCACGUAUUGGAGUUUUUACCGACGAUGAUUUAUUUCCUGAUCAAGAAAAAUUCAUUGAAGAUGAAUAUGCAGAUCCAGACGUGCCUGAACCCGAUAUACCCAUAGAAGAAGAAAUCCAUGAGGCAGCACCGGGAGACUUGGGCCUUACAGAAGCAAUAUCCGCUUUGACAGCCGAUAUAGAGAAGCUUGUUUCGCAGGAGUCCGUGAUUGACUCCCUCACCAGAAAAGCUGAAUUGACAAACAAUGUGGCUGAACUGCGUAUUUUAGGGAAAUCCAAAUCUAGCUUAAGAAGGGAGAUUAGGCGUAAAGAAAUGCAGAGGCAGCAGUACAUCGUGCAAGAAAGUGAUAACAGUUUAUACGGACGGUCGACCGUUCAGAUUCCGUCAAUCCUUCUCAACAAAGAGCCAGAUGGCCGCGAGUAUGCUUUAUAUGUGAUUGAAGUGAAGCGGCAGGCGGGUGAACAGAUGCCGGUGGCAUCAUGGGCAGUUCCUCGAAGAUACAGCGAGUUUCACGAGUUACACCAACGGCUUCGAGCAAGAUAUCCUUCCGUGAGGAACCUUGAGUUUCCACGACGGCGUAUGGUAAUGAAGCUCCACAAAGAUGUCCUCAACAAGCGUCGAGUUGCAUUGGAAGCAUACCUGAAGCAGAUCCUGCUUCUACCUGAUGUAUGCGGCAGCCGUGAUCUCCGUGCAUUCUUGUCUCAGCGAGCGAUUGCACCUACUCGAGAAGAGUCUGGAGAUGGGGAAACUAGGGAUAUUGUCACUCGGCUUUAUAAUUCGGUGGCGGACGGUAUGGAUGAUUUCCUUGGAAACAUCGCUGUGCUUGACCAGCUUUCUACAGCUGGGCAGAACCUCAUUUCUGCUGCAACGAACCAGCUGAGUGCCUCUCAAGCUGCAGGACUGGGCCUUGAUGAGGCUACUACUUCGGCAGAAGCAGAGGCAGAGCUAAACGCGUUUGAAGACCGAGAACUAGAACCCUUUAUCAAACCAAUCUGCGAUAUCUUCCUGGAGAUAUUUGAGCUGACAAGAGGUAACAACUGGCUUCGUGGAAGAGCAGCUGUUGUUGUGCUGCACCAGCUGCUCGGGGGAACGAUCGAGCGUAAAGUACGAGAGAAUGUUAAGUCACUGCUACAAGAUUCGUCUUUACUACACUAUAUUGGGCUUAUAAGGGAUACCAUGUGGCCGGACGGGAAGCUUUGUGGGGUCAAGGUUCGGACAAGCUCGGAGAAGAUGAAGAGCCGGACAGAAGCGGGUGUGAUGUUAGCUACUUUGAUACCAGAAAUGGCAGCGGGUGUCGUUGGACGGGCAAAUGCACAGGCUGCUGCCCGACGGAUAUUUUCGACGCUGAACAAUCCACGGCUGAACCUACAUCUUGUUUAUACCAUCCUUGAUGAGAUUCUUCUCAUUGUAAAUGGGAGAUGA